AUGCUUCGAACAUUAGCGACGCGCCUCCCGCGGCGCGCCGCCGCUGCCGCACCCUCCCGGCUCACGACCGCCUCGCUCCGCCCCUCAACCCAGUCCCGCCGUACCCUCGCAACCAUCAUCGACCCUAUCCCCAAAGAACCUACCGACCUUGACGCGAUCACGACGCUUCCUAACGGCCUGCGUGUCGCUUCAGAAGCGCUUCCCGGGUCGUUUUCUGGCGUAGGCGUUUACGUUGAUGCCGGAUCAAGAUAUGAGGAUGCAGGACUCAGGGGAGUUAGUCAUAUCAUGGACCGGCUCGCCUUCAAGUCCACCAACAGUCGAAGCGCAGACGACAUGAUCGAGCAGGUCGAGGCGCUGGGAGGAAACAUCCAGUGUGCAAGCUCAAGAGAAAGCAUGAUGUACCAGGCGGCUACCUUCAACGGCGCUGUGCCGACGACAAUCGCUUUGCUGGCCGAGACAAUCCGCGACCCGAAGUUGACAGAAGACGAGGUUGCGGAGCAGCUUGGCACCGCUGAGUACGAGAUUAAAGAGAUCUGGAGCAAGCCCGAGCUGAUCCUGCCGGAGCUCGUGCACACUGCUGCGUUCAAGGACAAUACACUGGGCAACCCUCUAUUGUGCCCCGAAGAUAGAUUGGGAAGCAUUUCGCGGGAGACGAUUCUGCGGUAUAGGGAUAUGUUCUACCGCCCUGAGCGCAUCGUUGUUGCGUUUGCAGGUGUUGAGCACAAUGAGGCAGUGAAGUUGGCGGAGCACUACUUUGGCGAUAUGAAGGCUUCGGCGCCGACACUCUCGAGAACGGGGUCUGAGACAGACAUCAGCUCCCAGGCCUCAGAAUCCAGCGAUGCAUCGUCCGUCUCCUCCGGCUCUUCAUCUCCCGUCCAGCAGCCAUCGAAACUCUUGUCCAAAGUCCCCUUCUUCAAGAACAUCUCCACCUCAGCGCCAAACAACGCCGGCGUCCAAAACGGCACUUCUUCGCUCACCUACGAUCUCAACUCCCCGGCGCACUACACCGGCGGCUUCCUCUCACUCCCUCCUCAGCCACCUUCUCUGAACCCCAACAUGCCCAACUUCACCCACAUUCACCUUGCCUUCGAGGGUCUGCCCAUCUCCUCAGAGGACAUCUACGCCCUCGCCACUCUGCAAACCCUCCUCGGUGGCGGUGGAUCCUUCUCUGCCGGUGGCCCCGGAAAGGGCAUGUAUUCUCGCCUCUACACCAACGUUCUCAACCAGCAUGGCUGGGUCGAGUCUUGCGUCGCCUUCAACCACUCAUACACCGAUUCCGGCCUCUUCGGAAUCUCCGCCAGCUGCAUCCCCGGCCGCACGGCCAGCAUGUUGGACGUCAUGUGCCGCGAGCUCCGCGCCCUCACGCUCGAUACAGGCUUCUCGGCGCUCAAGACGGGCGAAGUUAACCGCGCCAAGAACCAGCUCCGCUCGAGCCUGCUCAUGAACCUCGAGAGCCGCAUGGUCGAGCUCGAGGACCUCGGCCGCCAGGUACAGGUCCAUGGCCACAAGAUCCCCGUCACGGACAUGUGCCGUCGUAUAGAGGAGCUCACCGUCGAGGACCUCCGCCGCGUCGCGCGCAUCGUCGUUGGCGGCAUGGUCGAGAACAAGGGCAAGGGCAGCGGCGCCCCGACCGUCGUGUUGCAGGAGGCGCAGGCGCACGGCAUCAGCACGCAUACCCUCGAGUGGGAGACGAUCCAGAACACGAUUUAUGAUUGGCAGUUGGGACGCAGGUAA